CGCUCUAGCCGGCGAGUGUGCGAGGUGGGCUCUCAGUGGUGCGGCCGGCAGGCGGCUAUGGCGGCCGUACGGGGCCUGCGAGUGUCGGUGAAGGCAGAGGCCCCGGCGGGGCCGGCUCUAGGGCUCCCGUCGCCUGAAGCAGACUCCGGUUUGGAGCGUGGCGAGCCGGAGCCCAUGGAGGUGGAGGAGGGCGAGCUGGAGAUUGUGCCGGUGCGGCGGUCGCUGAAAGAACUGAUCCCGGACACAAGCAGAAGAUAUGAAAACAAGGCUGGCAGCUUCAUCACUGGAAUUGAUGUCACCUCCAAGGAAGCAAUUGAAAAGAAAGAACAGCGAGCCAAGCGCUUCCAUUUUCGAUCAGAAGUAAAUCUUGCCCAAAGAAAUGUAGCCUUGGACCGAGACAUGAUGAAGAAAGCAAUCCCCAAAGUGAGACUGGAGACAAUCUACAUUUGUGGAGUAGAUGAGAUGAGUACUCAGGAUAUCUUUUCCUAUUUUAAAGAAUAUCCUCCUGCUCACAUUGAAUGGCUGGAUGAUACCUCCUGUAAUGUGGUUUGGCUGGAUGAAAUGACAGCCACACGAGCCCUUAUCAAUAUGAGCUCUCUGCCAGCCCUGGACAAGAUAAGAAGCAGGGAUGUCAAUGAGGACAGGUCAUCGGAGAAAAGUAAAAAAGACAAGCAGGAAGACAGUUCAGAUGAUGACGAGGCUGAAGAAGGAGAAGUUGAAGAUGAGAACUCAAGUGAUACAGAGUUGGACACAUUGUCUCAAGUAGAAGAAGAGUCUCUGCUAAGAAAUGAUCUUCGUCCAGCUAACAAACUUGCUAAAGGAAAUAGGUUAUUCAUGAGAUUUGCUACAAAAGAUGACAAAAAGGAACUUGGAGCAGCCAGAAGAAGUCAGUAUUACAUGAAAUAUGGGAAUCCAAAUUACGGAGGCAUGAAAGGAAUUCUUAGUAAUUCUUGGAAGCGAAGAUAUCAUUCCCGUCGCAUUCAGCGGGAUGUGAUCAAGAAGAGAGCCCUGAUUGGGGAUGACGUUGGCUUGACGUCCUAUAAACACCGACAUUCCGGACUAGUAAAUGUUCCAGAGGAACCCAUUGAAGAGGAAGAAGAGGAGGAGGCAGAGGAAGACCAGGACAUGGAUGCAGAUGACAGGGUGGUGGUGGAGUACCACGAGGAGCUGCCAGCUCUCAAGCAGCCCCGGGAGCGGAGCACCUCUGGGCAGUCCAGUGCCAGUAGUUCAGACUCUGAUGAAAUGGACUAUGACCUAGAAUUGAAAAUGAUUUCCACUCCUUCACCAAAGAAGAGCAUGAAAAUGACCAUGUAUGCUGAUGAAGUGGAAUCCCAGUUGAAAAAUAUUAGGAACUCCAUGAGGGCAGAUACCAUAUCCACAAGCAAUAUCAAAAACCGAAUUGGUAACAAAUUACCAACUGAGAAAUUUGUAGAUGUCCGACAUCUGUUAGAUGAAAAACGUCAGCACACAUGUCCACGGCCACCAGGCAGCAAUACUAAGUCAGAUAUACGCCAGCGGUUAGGAAAAAGACCAUAUUCUCCAGAAAAGGCUUUUGGUAGUAACCCAGUCUUUCGGAGAGAGCCUUUUUCUGAUGUACAUAGUAGGCUGGGUGUUCCCAGGCAAGACGUUAAAGGCCUCUACUCUGAUACUCGGGAGAAGAAAUCAGGUAGUUUAUGGACGCGCUUAGGAUCUGCACCCAAGACCAAAGAAAAGAACACGAAGAAGGUGGAUCACAGGGCGCCAGGCACUGAGGAAGAUGACUCUGAGCUGCAAAGGGCAUGGGGGGCUCUGAUAAAGGAGAAAGAACAGUCUCGCCAAAAGAAGAGCCGGUUAGAUAACUUACCAUCUCUCCAGAUUGAAGUUAGUCGGGAAAGCAGCUCUGGUUCAGAGGCAGAGUCCUGACGCCCUUGGGGCUAAUGGCAGCUGCACUAAAAUCUGACAUUCUUGUGCAGGGUGGGGUGCACAGUAGGACCCCUCUGCCCCCCCGCAGGAGUUGGCGCCCCCUCCUGCUCUUACACAGUCACCCUCAGCUCUUGCUGCUUCAGCAAGACAUGUUAAGAAUGUGAUGUAUUUUGAAGGGCAUCUGUCUAUAUUUUGCUGCAGAGUAAGAGUUCUGGGCCCUCAAUCCUUUCCCCACUACCCCACAAGCUUUACCCUUUGAGGAAAAGGCAGCCCUCCAGAUUUUGUAGAUGUUUUUCUUAAUAUUUUUAACAUUGUGCUUUUAAAGAAAUGUUUUACACAGUUCAUCCAAAGAGCAGAGAACUGAACUUCUCACUAUUGCCUUGGCCCUGACAGCUGUUACCAGCACCCUUUUCCCAAGAAAAGUCAAUUCCCAGGUGCUUAUUGGACAGCCUUCGAGGGGGAAGAUGAGGGAAGCUGCCAGCUCACCCUUCCAGGACCCUAGUGUGGGGGCCGGAUCUCAUGGACCUGACCUCAGAGGUGCACCAGUGCCGCCCAGGUAGAUAAGAGAUGCAGCAUCGAUCGUGCUUCCGUUCCUCCCUGGGGAUUUCUGUUAGGGGCAUCUUAGCAAUCAGCUUGAAGUGAAGAUCAAGUUCAGUGCUGUGGGAUUUUUAGGAACAAAAAACUGUGACUUCUGGAUUUGGGGUGGAUUUUUGUGCUAGGGGUGGGGUCAUGGAUUAAUGUUGAACAAUUUUUAAGUCUGUAUUAUGUUUAAAAAUAUUAAUGAUUUAAAAGUUUAAAUUUUUAAUUUUUAUAUGUGAAAGUAUUUCCUGUUGGCUACAAGGGAAGCUCAAGUGGUGUCUUAUGUGUGCUGUUAAAUAUAUAUUAUAUACUUUGGAAGAAGGCAAAGAGAGGAGUCUCAUUAUUUUUAAAUGAUCCUAAUUGUAUAGUCAGUCUGUUGUAUAUAGUGUUCAGCUUGCUUUUUGGCCACUGUAGGAAAAAAAUCCAUCCAUCUGAGAUGGGGUCCUGUUGUUUAUUAUCACUUCAGAAGUGAUACAUUAGUAUUUAUUCUUUCUAUUUCCAAGUUCUGGCACCUGAAGAUAUCUUUAAAACUGGCAAAUAAGAUAAUAGUAAUAGAAAUUUUAGUUUAUCUCGUUUACUUCUAAACUUUGAGAUUAUUUUAAAGGCAGUAGAUUACUUUGUCUUACUAUUUGAUCUUUAUUUUGAAGUAUUUAAUGUUCGUAUUCCUCUACAGGCUUAAAAAUAGUGUUUCACUUCAAUUCACUAGAACUUAAGAAUUAGAGAUAGUAAGCCUUUGUCCCUUUGUGAUGUCACAACUCCUCACCUGUCUGGAGUGUUUCAGUACCUGGUGCAGCCCUGGAUUCUAAGGAUCUUUACUUGUGGCAUUGAUAGUUGAUUACAGUGUGGUGUGAAUGCAGAACACUGCUGCUAAGAAAGGAAGGAAAGGGCUGUGGGGCUUGAGAGCCACAGCAGCUGUACUCUACCAUGUUUUGUUGCUGUACCUGCUUUUCAAUCCCUUUAGAAAGAUUAGAGGCUAUUAACUAACUACUGUAUGUUUCCGCCUCCUCAUCGGAUUCUUGGAGAGAGAUGAUUCUCUGCCAGUUGAGACCUAACGUUUCUGAGGUUUCUAGCUUUUUUUGCCCUGUGGAGCAUACAGCUGAGAGCCAGGUUCUUGAGAAGGGCAAGGUCUGGGGAGUUGGUAGAGUGAGAAGGACAAGGACCUGAGAGUCCGAGACCUGGAUGCCAACCCCUGGUUUCUGUUCCAUGGGCCUGGGCCUCUAGUUUUCCCAUCUGGCAAGUGAAUGGGCUGGUACCAGAGCUUCUGACUUUGUUGGUGCAUCUCAGUGGUGUUUUACUCUUCCCGAAGCGAUGGUUGUGGUGGGCUGGCCAGCACCAGUUUCUGUUGCAGGUGUGGGGAGGGUCAAGAAGGGCAUGCAUGAGGUUUGGGGCAGGGAUUGACCUCCAUCCCAUUUCCAUUACAGUCUCUGGGUCUUCUCGUGGGACAGAGAUGUCCUUGUGGUCAGGGUCCUAACUGAUGUGGUUUCAGCAGUGUUCAAAAAAAGCCCUUCUGUGUUUCCCAGUCACGACCUUUUCCACCAGUAGUUUGAGCCCAUCUCUCCCAUGGCCUUAUAGUCCUGGCCAGUCUCCUGCUAGAGAUCAGGGAAGGCUUUCUGAAAAGGUGGUGGUGUGUAGUCAAAACUGGGCCUUUGAUCUUACCAUGAAAAAUGCCCACUUCCGCAGCCUUGUAAUUCUUACAAAUACACAGACCCCAGAAAAGUAUCUUUGAAGAUUUUACUUCCCCAAGUUAUUGUUGGCCACCUCCUCUUGCUCUCUGGCCCACACUCAGGCACUCAGAUCUUACAACAUCUUACAUGUGCUCUGAAUGCCCAGGCCCUUUCUUUGGAGUUUGGGAGUGAGGGUAGACAGUCAGGAUGGCCCCCUAGUGGCAGCUCAGUGUGCCUGGGCGCUCCUUAUGUAUGUGGGCACCAGGGCUACAGACUUUUCUAUAUUUUUCUUAGUCUUUAUGCAUAUGAGAUUGCAAGUACAUUUCUGCUGCUUGAUAGUAAUUGCAGAUACCUCAUUUCUGUUUCCCACUCUCCCUCUUGGGAGAGACACCAGCUACCCAGGAGAACUUGUGGAGCCUGUGACAAGCCCUCCUCUGGCCCCUUUUUUUGUCCCAUGAACUCCUCCCCUUAGUUCAAUCACUGUCUUCUCCCACUUCAUCCCUGUGACAGCUCCUCCCUGAUCUCUGCCCCAUAUCCCAUCCCUCCAUCUCUGUUCUGUGCACUGCAGCUGGGAUGAACUUUUGCUGUUUGCAGCUUUACUGAGCUGUUAUUUACAUAGUGUACAGUUCACUCCUUUCAAGUAUACACUUCAAGGGCACUGGCUGUCUCAGUUGGAGGAGCAUGCGACUCUUGAUCUCGGGGUUGUGAGUUUGAGCCCCACAUUGGGUAUA